AGAAAGACUUUUGAGACUUCGUGUUUGUGUCUGUCCUUUCGUGUUCCCUGGUCUCGGGGGUUUUACAUUAUGCAUAUAUAACAUAUUGCCAACUUAGGAUGAGACCAGCGUAAAACCGCUUUUUCAAACUUUUUUUUUUCAUUCUUAUAUUGUAAUAUGAUAUGCCAUGUUUAAAAACACGACAUCACUACUUAACCACUGAAAUUCACGGGCUUUCGAUGCCUGUCCAAUUCGUUUUAGCGAACGAAAGCCACAUUAUAGCGGCCGUAGGCUUAACAGGGAGGACACUACGGAGCAGCACAUAUAUGUUGGUUAAUUUCUUAUCAGGCUAGUCCAAGUUCGGUAUUUGCAUUCCGUAUGUCCCGGGUAGUCUAAGUUCGGCGAUGGCAGUUUUCCGCGCGCGACUGUAUACAUCUUAUAAUCAGAUGACAUUUAUUUACAGUAGUUUAUUUUGCAACGGGGAUUUCGAUCACUUCACUUCGAGGUACGCCCACCACAAUCACCUUUCCCAGGAAGCCCCUAACAACAAUCAAGGUCACACCUGCCCGUCGUAAUGGCGUCGUCCGCGGGUGCUUGGGGACAGACGACGCCCUGGCUGUCUUCGGAGUCUUCUCAACGCCUCAAAGACAUCUCACUGUGGUCCCUAGCGUCGUGGCUGUUACUGGUGUCCCUCCUCACGCCGUUAGUGUUGUCAUGUCUCAGGUGGUUCCGUACAUGGAGGAUUUUACGUGCGUUUCCCGGCCCCGGCGGACCUCUCACGUUCUGUUGGACGAUAUACCGGUUUUGUACGUCUCAUCCCGAGUUGGAUUUCAACGUGGGAAUGAUGAACCUUUUUUACGGCCUAUCUCGGACGUACCGCGAGGAGAAGGUCUUCAACAUCUAUAUCGGCCCGAAGCCGCAUAUCUACGUCUAUUCGCCUGAAGGUGUGCAGACUGUACUGUCGCAAUCCAAAAAUAUGGACAAGACCUACGUCUACAGCCUCCUGAAAGAGUGGAUGGGCAACGGUCUGAUUAUGAGUCCUGGACGCAUCUGGAAGCCACGACGUCGUCUGAUCACACCCGCAUUUCACUUUCGCAUCAUGGAAGAUGCGCUCGGCCCUAUCAACGCAGUGGCCAAGGGUCUCACAGCUACACUGAGUCAGUUAUCCACCGAGGAAGGACUAGUCAACGAUCUGGUACCUCAGGUGCAGCGCUGUUCAUUGCGCGUGAUUUGUGAAGCCGCCAUGGGAGUGGACAUUGAGACGCUGCCAGGUUCGAGACGCUACGUGAAAGCGGUAGUUGAAGUCAGCGAGUCCUUCACGCAGCGGUUUGUGCGCCCAUGGCUAUGGAACCCGUGGUUCUAUUUCUGGUGCACCAGCCAAGGACGCCGGGAACGGCGCAAUACGGCCUCUAUACGAAAGUUCUCUCUUCAGGCAAUUGAAACACGUAAAAGGGCACUACUGAAGGAAAGAUCGGUGCGGAAGAACGAGAAUGGACUAACGGAACCGAAGAAAGGCCGACAGUGCUUCAUGGAUAUAUUGUUGGACAUGCAUCUUCGUUCGGAUGAGAAUGGAGAUACUCAGGGCAAGCUAUCACUAGAGGAUAUCAGGGAAGAAGUGGACACGUUCAUGUUUGCGGGUCACGACACGACGACGUCUGGCAUCUCGUUCUGUCUCUUCCUGCUGGGCCAUUCGCCCGACGUUCAGCAGAAACUUUACGAGGAACUGGAAUCUGUCUUUCAAGGCUCAGACCGCCCGGUGACGCUGGAGGACAUCAAGGAACUGCAGUAUUUAGACUGCGUUAUUAGGGAAAGUAUGCGACUUUACCCGCCGGUUCCUGUGAUUGGACGAACCAUUACGGAGGAGGUCAAGAUAGAAGGCCGUGUGGUGCCAGCAGGGUGUGAGGUGUUGCUGUUCUUGCUAGCUUUGCAUCAGGACCGAACAAUGUUCCCAGAGCCCGAAAAAUUCAACCCGGACAGGUUCCUGCCUCAGAACGCGAAAUCGCUGCACCCGUUUGCCUUUGUGCCUUUCUCAGCUGGACAGCGAAACUGCAUAGGCCAGCGGCUGGCACAGAUCGAGAUGAAAGUUGUGCUGGCCACAAUUGUACGAGAGUGUCACGUGACCUCUCUGGAUGCACGAGAUAAGCUUCAACUGGCAGUUGAACUCGUGCUACGAUCCAAGACGCCGCUACGGCUACGGUUUCAGCCCAGAAGACGAUGACGUAAAACGCAGCUCCUGAAUAUGUCUGACUGUGUUGUGUCGUGGCAGUCCGAAUCACGGGUGUGGACAUGCAAACUUAUCUUGGACACCGCGUCGGCCAUGCUCGAUAUGUGGGGACUUGUGAUGGCCACGGCUGGAGUCCCACGACUAGUAAUAAUAAACUAAAUGGGUAGUCAUCGAGGAAAUGAAUGCCAUAAGCAGGAAUGUAGUAUCAAAAGAGAAUAUAUAGGCAAGUUUUUGUUA